GACCGUAUGCAUUGACAAAUGUUAUAUCUGGGACAUCUUUGUUAUUGGCUGGAUGUGAAGGGAUCAGCGGACUUCUACUAAUUGUUGAGGAAGUUGAGGAUUAGGGAAGGAAAUUGAAAGUGUAGAACGUAUAAAUUGUUAUAACCUCCUCUGUGGUGUAUUUACGAUCAUUGGAAUCCUGUGGCUGGUUUCGUUGUGAUGUUACUAUCAAUGACGUUCUGAGAUGAUUGUCGAGUAGAGGUUUUGAUGUAUUGAAUAUUGAAAGUCCUUUGAUUGAAAUUUGACAUUUAGGAUGUGAAAAUCGUAAAAUCUUUUUAAUUGUAAAUAUCCUGAAUGUGUGUGAGUGAGGUGGGGGUUGUCCAUAAUGGCAAACCCCACUUUGCUGAGGUUCACUUUGUGUAGUUUGCAUAUAUUAGCUUUAACCGAAAGUUUAUUGGAAUGCUCAUCUUCGUGUUCCUGUUUGGGAAAGCUUGUUGACUGCAGCAAGAAGGAUCUUCCAGAGAUUCCAAAAGAUAUUCCUGCUCAGACUGAAAACUUGAAUCUCAAUGGUAACCAAAUAUCAAAUUUAGAUAAAGGCAGCCUGGACAAAUUUGAGAAACUUGUUGAUUUAAAAUUAAAUCGCAAUCAAAUUGGAAAUCUGACAAAGGAUGUAUUUAAAAAUCUUCAGUUUUUGGAAACUUUAGAAUUGAACAAAAACAAAUUUUCAAAAAUCGAUGGUUUGUCUUUCUCUGGCUUACAAAAUCUUCAAACAUUAAGAUUACAACGUAAUUCCAUAUCGACACUUCUGGAUGGGGCAUUGUGGGGUCUUCAGAGAUUGAGUAUACUGCAAUUGGACUUUAAUAAUAUUACCAACAUAACCAAGAGUUGGUUAUAUGGACUUGUUUCUUUGAACAAGUUAACAUUAAGUCAUAAUCGCAUUACAAGUAUUGACCAACAUGCCUGGGAAUUUUGUAAACAAUUGACAGAGUUAGAUUUAUCCAACAACAAAUUGAAUGCAAUUAAAAGGGACACUUUUCAGCAUCUUGCCACAUUAAAAAUUCUACAUUUGGACAGUAAUCAAAUUGAAUACAUUGCUGAGGGUGCAUUUAAUAACACCCCCGCGUUGGAAGUAUUAGAACUCAAAUUCAACAAAAUAUCAUGGGCAAUAGAUGACAUGACAGGUGUUUUUAUGGGUCUUGGCCAAUUGAUGAAAUUUGGUCUUGCUGCAAAUCAUAUUAAGACACUCAAUAAAAAAGCUUUUAUUGGUCUGGAAAAAUUAAAAACCUUAGACUUAAGCAGUAAUAAUAUCACUUCCAUUCAAGAAAAUGUUUUUGCUCCUAUGACACAAUUAACCGAGUUGCUUCUUAAUACCACUAGUCUUCUAUGUGAUUGCAAUUUGAAGUGGUUUCCUGUAUGGCUGCAAGAAUCUUCUUACGAAUCAAUAACAACAAGUUGUUCAUAUCCUGACUGGCUCAAAGGAAUGUCAAUUUUGCAAGUGCCAAUAUCCAAUUUUACAUGUGUUGAGUUUCCAAAACCCAAUAUUAUGGUCCAUCCUCUGACUCAGACAGCUUUAAGAGGAAACAACGUGACACUUCAUUGUAAAGCUUCAUCAUCUGCAGAAGUUCCUAUGACCUUUCAGUGGAGGAAGGACAAUGUAGAUAUAAAACCUAUUAAUAUACAACAAUUCAUUCGAAGUUCUGAUGGCAAAGGCACAGAGCAAAGCUCUGAAUUCACAUUAUUAAACAUUACUCAAAAUGAUGCUGGAAAAUAUCAGUGUGUAGUGUCAAACAAUUAUGGAACAACAUAUUCUGCUAAGUCAAAACUGUCAGUUUAUGUUUAUCCAACAUUUGAUAAAAUUCCUGCUAAUGUUACGGCAAAAUCAGGUAGUACAGCUAAAUUGGAAUGUGCUGCAAGUGGCUCACCUCAGCCACAGAUAUCUUGGCGAAAGGAUGGGGGAAAUGAUUUCCCAGCAGCUCGUGAAAGGAGAAUGCAUGUGAUGCAUAAUGAUGAUGUAUUCUUCAUUAUUGAUAUUAAAACUGUAGAUAUGGGAAUAUACAGUUGUACUGCUUGGAAUGCAGUUGGUUCCAUAAUUGCUAAUGCAACAUUAACUGUUUUAGAAUCACCUUCAUUUGUAAAACAUAUGGAAAGUAAAGAAACAACUGUAGGAAAACCAAUUGUCCUCGAGUGCAUGGCUGCUGGUUCACCCAAACCAAAAUUGUUGUGGAAAAAAGAUGGAAGUAAUUUAGUUGCAACUGAAAGGCACUUCUUUACUGCAGAAGAUCAGUUAUUGGUUAUUGUUGGUACUACUUUAGAAGAUGCUGGAAAAUAUGAGUGUGAAAUGACUAAUGCUCUGGGGACUGAGAAGGGUUAUUCUCAAGUUUCUAUCUUACCAGCUGCAGCUGAUGGGAGCAGUGAAAAUGAAAAUGACAUGACUGGCAUAAUCGUCAUCACUGUUGUGUGCUGUGCUAUUGGAACUUCCAUAAUCUGGGUGGUUAUUAUUUAUCAAACAAGAAAGAAAAUGGGUCUUGUGGAAGUGGGUACUGAGAGUUGUCAGUAUCCCAGCACACUUCUGCCUUCCAAUCUUAGUUCUGCCCCCCACCUUUAUUUAGAUACCAAUUCAGAGCAUUCCAGUGGGAAAGAUAGUGGCACUGGUGACUCUGCAAAAAGAAGUAGUGAUGAUUUACUUCUUCGAAACGAUGUGCCUGGAAAUUUAGAGGGUGGAAGUCAUCCAAAUAUGGAAGCCACAAAUCACUUGCUACCUAAAGAGGUACAAGUUAGAGUUGUAGAUGAUGAACACCCUACUCCAAUUCUGAGAAGUAGUUUGCACACCCGAAGGACUGAUCAUGAUCGGUUUUGUAAAGUGAGUCUCUUGUGUGGUGGUUGUUCCCAACGGUGGUCUGCACCUCAUUGUGUGGAGAUGGACCGAAGUCAUAUGCCCCCAUCAUGUUCUUAUCAUAGCCUACCUAUUAGCUUAAGGCCAGAGUUAGGUCAGGACAAUGCUAGUCAAGUGGAUGCUGUAGAAGGCAACCAGACAGUGGAUGAGGCUACACCAUGUGUUGCAAACGUGUAGUGCUUCUUCUUAGCUGUAGGUGUGUAGAUAGAAAUGGUGUAAGUUACUGCAUAGAUAAAGCUGAGAUUUUCUAUUGGUAGCUUUGUUUAUAUUCUGUUAAUUGAGAAUUGAAAUAUGAAUUGUGAUUAAUUGCAUUUAUUGUAAUGCUAAAUUUUUCAUAUAUUAUGAGAGUUGUUUUAAACUCGCUAUACUGAGUAUUUUUUUCUUUCCUUUUAUCCUUAAUGUGAGGUAAGUUGUUGACUUUCAAAUCAGCCAUUUGUCUAUAAAACUGUAAAACUAUUACAUAUUUAAAAAUUAUUGCAAAAAAUUCAUAACUAAACUGUCUCAUUAACAUACUGAAAAUAUUACAAAAUAUUGUCGUCUAAUCUCUUCGUCAAUUCUUUCUUUCUUUCUUUCUUUUCCUUUCCAAAUAAAUAGAAGAAUCAAGUUGGAAGUAUUAUCAAGAUCUAUGUAUUAACAACAGAUUAUGAAGAAAACUGCUAAUAUUCUUAAAUCACUGGUUUGUAAGGUUGUACGUCUGUGAUGCACCAAAGGUACAAAAUCCAAAACGUAAAAUAUUGUUUCACACUCACUCAAAGUAAAUGAAAGAAUGGGAAGAAAUAAAUUUUCUUGCAUUUUAAAUUGAAAUGCAAGAUGUUUGCCAGGGAAGGUGUAAAAAAUCAAGAACACAAAUGGAAAAUGUUUUGUAUAUUUGGAAAUUUCGCAAUAUUUGGAUUGUGAAAAAACUAAAAUUGUCCUUGAUGUUUACAUUUGGAUAGUUUUAUAGUGACACAACAGACAGGAUGAUUAACCUUGUAGUUAUGGAGGUUUUUUUUCUUUCUACAAUCUUGGCUGUAAAGACUAUUUUUUUUAAAAAUAGAUGAAUAUGAUUGACCCCAAUGGAUUUUUUACCACAGUGAGUGUUGGCGAGGCCUGAGGCAGGCUAGUCUUGCAAAGGAAGGCAAUGAUAACUUACAGGCAGUGGGCCACAGUGAGGUAAUGUUUAUAUACAAGCUAAAAUAGAUUUGAGAUAUGUAUGCAUGGAAAAAAGGCAACAGUUUAUAUCCUAAUGCAUCGAAAUAUGACACUUCAAAAAUUAAUUUGUCGUCAUUAUAGUCAUGAACUGUUCAGGUUUAGACCAAUGGUCUGUUCCUAUUCCUCCAGUAGUCACAGUCUCUGCCUAGGUGUUCCUGGUCUUCCCACAUCUUCUUUGGUCAGCCUCUUUCUCUUUCACC